AGGGGAGCUGCCCAGUAGGGCGCGGCAUUGUUGGGGGGCGGGUUGGGGCCGGGUGGCCGGUGGUGGCGGCGGCGGGGUGCUGAGGCGGGGCGCGGAGGGGGCGCCGAGUGCCCGCCCGCCGCCAUGAACUCCCUGGAGCAGGCCGAGGAUCUCAAAGCUUUUGAACGAAGACUUACUGAAUAUAUUGCAUGUUUGCAACCAGCUACAGGACGUUGGAGAAUGAUUCUGAUAGUGGUAUCGGUCUGCACAGCAACUGGUGCUUGGAACUGGUUAAUAGACCCAGAGACACAAAAGGUGUCCUUUUUCACAUCGCUUUGGAAUCACCCAUUUUUCACAAUUAGCUGUAUUACCCUAAUAGGCUUGUUCUUUGCUGGAAUACAUAAAAGAGUUGUGGCACCAUCAAUUAUCGCAGCCCGAUGUCGAACCGUUCUGGCAGAAUAUAACAUGUCCUGUGAUGAUACUGGAAAAUUAAUUUUGAAACCUAGGCCUCAUGUUCAAUAAGGGCUGUCUUCCUUCGUUUUUUUCCACUGCCAUGGAAACCAAAAAUGACCUUUUUUCUAAGGUAGUAUGACAGUAAGAAACAAAACCACCCAAACAGGACUGGUUGUCACUGCCUAGGAGUGAGAGUCUUACACAGUUGACAGUGAAAGUGUGCAAUAUUACUUUCUUGAAUAUUUAUCCAAAUUCUUUGUUAUCAUAUCAGUGCUUUUGCUACUUCUGAUUACCUCUUUUUCAGUAUUAAUGUCACUUUUUUACUUCAGCUAAAACAGAACAUACAGGAGAAGUAUGUUAAUUGGUUAUAAAGUUGAACUUGAAAAUCAAACCUCAUUUGUGUUACGUCUUUGUAAGCUGUUGUAAAUAGGAGACUAAUGCCAACGUUCAGGAAAAAAAAAUACAUGCUAUAUGGAUUUUCUUUUGUUCUCAUGAACAGUAUUGCAAGGAACACAAACCAUUCCUGUGAUGUUUUAUUAGCACACUUACUCAUUACAGCUGUCCUUGUCUCCUCGUCACUUUUUGGAACUGGUUAAAAGGCUCGCAGAAAGUCUGUCUGUCUGUUCUGGAGAGAACUGGUCUUACUGUUUAAGAACUUUGCAAAUAUAUCAAGGAUCAUGUUUGUCAAGUUGUGUGUAUAUAUGGUGCACCAGCCACUUUCAUUGUGGUCACAUGCAGCUCAUUGAUUGAUCUGGUCACAACACUGCUAUUUUAAGAUUUUCACAUUUUAAGAAUUGUCUUAAAUACGCUUGCACCAUCCAAGUGAUUGUAAAACUGUACUGUAUCUUAAUUCACAAGACCAUUCUGAGUGGGUUUCAUGCUGUGGUAGUCUGACUAUGAAACUAGUAUUCCAAAUGUGUCGCUUCAGAUUGGGUGAAGAAAACAUAAACAGUGCCACAAUAAAAUAACAUGUUAUUCAAAGUGUUAAGAACAAGGUGUGGAUGUUACCUGCAAGAAGUGUAACUUUUUGAAUAGCUUAGGCUGUGAAGAGUUCUAAAAGUUGUUUAAGGUGCCUUUUUAAUAGUUUUGAACUCUCUUAAAUGACUAAAAGUGCACAGCUGUUGCAACUUCAGUAACUACAAGGCAGCCUGUUGCAGUACGCUGUCAAUGGUGACAUUAAAGAUCGUCUGUGCUCCUUCCUCUCAUCCUUCUGCCCGUCCGUGGUUUCAGACUGCUGUAUAUUUUGUAGGUAAAGGUGUAUAAAAUAAACCCUUUGUACAAA